CCAAGUGAAGUGUCACUCUUUGCUUCUCUUUCCUUUUCUUCUGCAGUGUUCAGUCAAAACCCUAGAUUUUCAAAUCUACCUUCAAUGUGUGAUCUUCUUUGAGCUUCUCAAUUUCCUGCAUUUUCCCUCAACAAUUUUCUCAGUAAAUGCAUGGAUGGGAGAGAAGCUAUGGCAUUCUCUGGUGGCUCUGCUCCGUAUUACAUUCAUAGAGGAGGGGUUGGUGCCUCUGAUCAAGGGACACAGAGUGGAGGCUUCCAACUCCAACCACCCUCUGGGUUCAGACCUUUGUCAAAUGCACGGUCUGGUUCUGCAUUUGCAGUAGACCAUCAACCUCAACAUGGCAGUUUUAGUCCUCAUGGUGGUGGUGGUGGUGUUAGCAUAGGUGGUUCUUCCUCUCCUGGUACUGGUACUGGUGGUGGUGGUGGUGGUGGUGGUGGUGGAGGAGUGUCUCCUUCAGGUGUGCCUGGGAAAAGGAAAAGAGGGAGGCCUCGGAAGUAUGCUCCUGCUGAUGGACAAGGACAGGUUUCUUUGAGACUCUCUCCGAUGUCUGCUGCCACUGCUAACUCCUCCCCGGGUUCGACAACGCCUUCCCAGAAAGGCCGUCGAGGGCGCCCACCGGGAAGUGGAAGGAAGCAACAGCUAGCUGCAUUAGGUGAAUGGAUGAACAGUUCUGCAGGACUAGCUUUUUCACCUCAUGUUAUCACCAUUGCAGCUGGGGAGGACAUUGUUGCAAAGCUGUUGUCAUUUUCACAACAGAGACCAAGGGCUUUAUGCAUUUUGUCAGGAUCUGGGACAGUUUCUUUAGUCACCCUGCGCCAGCCAGCUUCGACUAGUGUCGGUGUUACGUAUGAGGGCCGAUUUGAAAUACUGUGCUUGUCUGGUUCUUAUUUGGUUGCUGAAGAUGGUGGACCUCACAAUAGAACAGGUGGCAUGAGUGUUUCCCUUUCAAGUCCUGAAGGCCAUGUUAUUGGUGGUGCUGUCGCUAGGCUUAUUGCUGCAAGCUCUGUGCAGGUGGUAGUUUGCAGUUUUGUAUAUGGAAACUCUAAGCCAAAGACAACAAAGCAAGGGUCCACAACAAAAGAUGAGGAUGAUUCAGAGCCUCAGAGUAGUGAUAAGUUAGCUUCACCAGGCAGUGCUGCACCACCAAAUCAAAACUACACAGCAUCUGCAGCAGGCAUUUGGCCUGCAUCAAGGCCUCUAGAUAUGCAAAGUGCACACCAGCAACACACUGGUAUUGACCUGAUGCGUGGGUGAAAAUUUAUUAUGGAACAGAAGAGGCAUUGUGGGUUUGUGUAUAUACAUUAUAUAUAUAUUUAUCUCGUUGUAAAUUAACUGAAUUUGUGAGCAUUGUGACUCACCAUUGGUAGGUGAUAAGUUCGCACUAACCUAUGCUGUAACAAAUGGAUCGUUUCAGGGGUAAGUAACAAUCAUGAUUUAUGCCAAAAAAAAAUGUCUGGUGAAUGGAAUGCAAAAAAGUGAAGAUUGAGUGGAGUGUGUUGUGUUGAGUGCUAAUGGUACCUUGGAUUCAAGGUAAAUGAAACGCCCGUAA